GGCGGCGCACGGAGCGGAGCGGCGCGGAGCGGAGCCCCGGUGCCGCUCCGCCCGGGACAGUCGGUGCCGCCGCCCUGGGCGCAGGGAUCAGAAGUACUGCUCACCUUCUGAGAAAUUCCCAGGAUGUAAGAAAUCAGGUGUUGUGUCAUGCAGCUGACAGGUCUGCUGGCAGAGCUGAUGGUCACAGCCAGGGCAGAAAUUCUUUAAACAAAACAGUCAAAUAGUCAGGGAAGUUUGGAGCUGUUUGCAAGAUCUAGUGAGUUGGUUGCUCACCCUGUUAAAAGAAGUCACCAUUUGGGACAACGACACACUGCCAGCAGCUGCCAUGGCCAGCAAAAGGAAGUCCACAACUCCCUGUAUGGUGCGAACCUCUGAAGUGAUGGAGCAGGAAGGUGCCGAGGGCGUGGAGACCCCUAAAGACAAAGGGACUGGUGCACUGCAGCAGGACUCCAAAAAAAAUUUGCCUUCAGAAAACUCAGUCAAAGACUGCGAAGUGGUUGAGGCAAAGCCCCCAGCUGAAAAUCAGUCUAAGAAACCCCAGGGCGGUUAUGAGUGUAAGUACUGCCCUUACUCGACACAAAACCUAAAUGAAUUCACAGAGCACGUGGACACUCAGCAUCCAAAUGUCAUUCUCAACCCCCUGUACGUCUGUGCUGAAUGCAACUUCACAACCAAAAAAUACGAUUCUUUAUCUGACCACAACACAAAAUACCACCCAGGAGAGACUAACUUUAAACUGAAAUUAAUUAAACGCAAUAAUCAGACUGUUUUAGAGCAGUCCAUUGAGACCACCACUAACGAUGGCACUGUCACAAGCAGUGGGCUAGAAAAUGCAGAGUGUGAUGAUUCGCUUCAUGGGGGAAUCAGUGCAAACAAAGUGCCAGUGAUGAAACCGGGGAAGCCUAAAGGGGAAACCAAGAAGGGAUCUAAAAAGUCAGAAGAGGGAGUUAUGGAAAACCACACGGAUGGUGCUCUCCCCCGCAUCAUAACUGAAGCCACUGAAGCUAUUGCCUGUAUAAAUGGAGACCUUCUCCAUGAUGUGUUAGCCCAUGUUAUGCCCUCUGUACAGCUGCCACCAAAUAUCAACCUUGUCCCCAAGGUCCCAGUCCCUCUGAACAGCACCAAAUACAACUCUGCACUGGACACUAAUGCAACCAUGAUCAACUCCUUUAAUAAGUUUCCUUACCCAACACAAGCAGAGUUGUCGUGGCUGACAGCAGCAUCAAAACAUCCAGAAGAACAAAUCCGAAUCUGGUUUGCUACACAACGUUUGAAACAUGGUAUAAGUUGGUCUCCUGAAGAAGUGGAGGAAGCAAGGAAGAAGAUGUUCAAUGGUACUAUCCAAGCAGUUCCCCAGACCAUCACUGUCCUGCCAGCCCCUUUGGCAACUGCAAAAAUGCCACAGCCUAUCAUACAGACAGCUUUGCCUUGUCAGAUACUGGGCCAGACUGGCCUGGUUUUGACUCCUGUGUCAAAUGGUUCAACUGUUUCCUGUUCACCAGUUACACUUGCUGUUGCCCCAAACCAGGGGCAAAAGAGGACGAUACAGACCUUAUCAAGUGCCCCAGAGGCCAAGCGUCCUCACAUAGUUCAGGUGCCUGAGAUUCCUGCCAAGCUGACUGCUGUUCCUGUGACACCGGCCAGCGAGCGGAAAAAGACCAAGGAGCAGAUAGCAGAGCUGAAGGCCAGUUUCAUGGCAAGCCAGUUUCCUGACGAUGCAGAAGUCUACCGGCUUAUAGAGGCAACAGGUCUUUCCAGGAGUGAGAUCAAGAAGUGGUUCAGUGACCACAGGUACAGAAGUCAGAGGGGCAUUGUGCAAAUUCCUGGUGAUGCUUUAGGGAAAGAUCAAAUAGCACCUUCAGCUGGGCGACAUGGCCGGUCGUUUCACCCGUACACAGAUUUCACUCCCCAGAGAUUCAAAGAGAAAACUCAAGAGCAGCUUAGGGCCCUUGAGGAGAGUUUCUUAAAAUGCUCUUUUCCUACCCAGGGAGAAUUGGACAGGCUUCGAGUGGAGACUAAGCUGAGUAGGAGGGAGAUAGAUUCAUGGUUCUCUGAGCGGAGAAAGAUAAGGGACAGCAUGGAGCAAGCUGUCUUGGACUCAAUGGGAUCAUACAGAAAAAUUAAGGAUCAAGGAACUCCCAAUGGUGCAAUAAGCCAGGCAGAACUUCUGAGUAGCUCUCAACUCCCUGGUGCUUUAUCUGGGUCCUCCACCACACUGAAGAAAACACAAGAGCAAAUUCAUCUAUUGAAAAGCACAUUUGCAAGGACCCAGUGGCCAUCACCCCAGGAGUAUGACCAGUUAGCAUCUCAGACUGGGCUCACAAGAACUGAAAUAGUUCGCUGGUUCAAGGAAAACAGGUCUUCGCUAAGAACAGGGUCACUUAAGUGGAUUGACCAGUACCAGCAGCAGUAUGCUGGUGAUGGUCGUAACAAGCAAAGCCAGAAAAAGACCUCAAAACACGGUGAGAGUCCAAAGAAUGGUAAUGAGGUGUCUCGACAGCAUUACCAGGAGCACAAAAAACUGAAUGAAGAGAAUGGGGGGAAGCCGGUGGUGAGAGCAAAAAGAGACUGCGAACCACUGAAAGACUCUUUGUUGGGGAAUCAAGCCGAGGGUGUGGACAGGCUGGAGUGCAACAGCCACGAUGGCCACGGCAGCGAGGAGAACGAGGAGCCGGCAGAGGUCAGCUGGGUGGAGGUGACGGUGGGCGAGGAUGACGCUGCCUCGGACUGUACAGACAGCUGGAGCCAAACAGCCCCCGAGGGCCACACGGAGCUGGCAGACUUGGACUCAGAAAGUAUAUCUGGAGACAAUUCCCACAUAUAGACAGGGGUACUCCUCAGCUGCACUGUCCUGAUGUUGAAGGGGAAAUGCUGUCUGAAAAUAGAAGAAAACUCUAUUUUCCUGCCUGGGUGAGAGAGUGUGUUGUGACUCCAGGUCUCAAACUGUGCUUGUGGAGGCACAGUAAGAAAUACUCUCUUGGAGCGUCGUCAUGGAAUUCUUGAUAGUGCCAAAGUCCUACUACUGCAUUGCAAAAGAGAAGAAAGAAAAAGGAAAAGGUUCUUGUACAUAGUUUUCUCUUAGUUUCUCUCCCACCCACUUUCCUGCCCAGCCUCUUCCUCUACUGCAACAGAUUUGUACAACAUAAGAAUUUUUGUUAAUUUUUUUAAUAGGUGCAAGUUAUUCUUGCAUAUAAUGCAAUUGAGAAAUUUUGGGGUUGGUUGGGGAGAGGGAAGUGUCUUUUGUGGAGGAGGGAGGUUUGGUUUUUUUUUUUCCUGAAGUGUUCUAAGAAAGAGUUGCAAUCCUUUGGAGUUGUCUUGGUGCAGAUCAACACCUGAGCCCAGAUCCCCACUCCAGUUUACAUUUCAGACCAGUUAAACAUGUUCUGGAGCAGUGGGGUUUGAUUUUUUUUGUUAUGUUGUUUUGACUUUUUUGUUUUGUUCUAUGGCCACCUGCUACUGAUUGAAGUAUUUAAAUCUCUGCUUUUCCAUGCUCCUACAAGGCAAGUCUUCUCCAGCUCCUGUACUUCACUUUUCACCAGCCAGCCCCACCUAUGGGUCUCUGAAGAUUUGGCUGGAAUGACUUUAAUUGAUUAUUGGUUUGGUUUUGGGGUCCUUUUUUUUAGCACUUUUUGUUUAAACAUGCAGUACAACUCCCAGAGGGAUUGAAAUGAGGAAAUUAGGAUGCUUCAUAAUCCAAACUUAUUUGUGUUUCUUUGUCUGGUACAGCGAUGGACACCAUAACCAGCAGCCUGCCCUCCAGCUUUAGACCUUGUAGCGCACAGCAGAAGUUCCUUAUUAAUCCUUGCCACUAAAUUUUUAGAUCACUCCUAGGUUCCUGAGUGCACUUUUUUUCAAAUACUGCUAAUUUGGAUUUGUGUGGGGAUGUCUGUCUGUGCAUGUGUGAGGAGGGAAUGGAGGGAGAGCAGGAGCCUGGGUGCAAGAGCUGUCUGAGGAGCUGGGCUGGAAAACUUGUCCACCUUUCAGUACGCUGCGAUGCUAGGGAGUUUGAAUAAACCCAACUUUUCUAACUUGUUGCUCAUUUGUUGUAACUCAAUAAAACAAAGGCUAAAAAUUUUGCUAAC